AUGUCCACCGCCAGAGAGGUACUCGGUAAGGAGUUUUUCAUUAGUUUUGUUGAGAUUUAGGGAAAUCUGAGAGGAGAAAUGACAAAUUUAUUGAUGAAGACUACUGGUAGGGGUGCGAAGGCAAAAUUUUGCUCGUAAAUCGAAAACUGGGACUUAUGGAGGCUCAAUAGUCGAGAUUUUUGUAGCUUAGACCCUGUUUAACCAACUGAAAGUGUAGAUAUUAUAAUACGGUAGAUCAGUUGAACAAAAAAUGGCAGCAAAUAUUAAUUUAGGCGAUCAAAUAGGGGCCGAGGCAAAAUUUGGGCUCCAUAACCAAAACUAGCAAGGUAGAGUGACGUCAUUUUCAAUUAUAGUUGACUAAGCCCUGCUGAACGUAGGUGGGUUAUGAUUUUCAUCUACCAUAAUUAUGGCGAGAAUUCCGGGCAUAUUUAUGUUAUCCAUGACAUAAAAAUUUAUGAAACUGUCCAGAGCUUCCCUAACAGGUACAACAGCUGUCACUUGCCUCCGAGACAAAUACUUGUAGGGGUCUUUACACCUUCUUGAUAUUUAAAAGCCAUGUACUUGCCUGGCAUUCCAGAAAAUUCUAUAAUCUUAAUCAAAUCUGUGGUCAUCAAUCUUACCUUCCAGAAAAAAUUCACUGAUCCAAAAAGUACCCUCUUUUAUCCCGCUUGACCUCAGAGUCUAUUCUCCCUAUAGGUGCAUGCUCCAGGCAUAUUAAUUCUUUUCACAUCCUCGUCGUCUCAAUCAUUAUUCUCCUGCACUGAACCUCAAACCUCUUCAAUUCAUGAAGUGCAAUUGAGGUUCAUCCGAAGCUCGCGUCCCCGCUUUUUUUCGCUGUUUUUCAUCCUCCAAAUUCAUUGGGCUCUAGAGCCAUAAAAUAACCAAUCUUCGCAUAUAGAAAAAACAAGUCAAUAAGCGCUUGGGGACCGCUUGGAGCCGGGAUUCGGAGAGGACGAGGCCCACAUUUUUUUGCCGGAUUUUUUGACCAUUUACGAGAUGAGGUCACGGGGGAUUUCGAUGACCAACUUGAGAUGUCGGGAUGUGGGGAUAAAUUGGGAAGACGGUUGAGGAAGUAGUUAGAGAAUGGAGAAAAAAAUUGUAGAAAAAGUAUGACGGUACUAAAGUCAUUGGGUUUUGGAGCGCGCUUUAAUAAAGGUACAAAGAGACCGAUUGAAAAUAAGUAUUCAGAUUUUGGCAGAGGUCAAGAAAGUCUAAAAUAGGAUGUUAUAGGGGAAUUGUAAGAUUUUUAGAUCGAAUUUUCCAGGAAAUCAGCGAAAUUAUUAGAUUGCCCAAAGGACAUAAUAUAAUAGAUUUUAUUAUAAUUUAGGCGCUGCCUUAAAUUUGACCCCCUUUACAAACCUUGUCAUUAGUCAUAUCUCAAGGACACGUAUUUUACCUCAUUACCAGCUCUUUUUUAAAGUUCAUGUUUCUCAAUCAUUACUGCUUACUUCUUCUUAUCUUCUCCCAUCUCCCCGUUUACACAUCUUCACCGAAUCUCUUCCAGCCAUCGCUGUUCCUCCCUCCAAAGUCCCAGUGAUAAUUUUUCAACCGCGAAAAUGAAUAUCCGCAUCUCGUUUCCAGCAUCCCGCAUUUUCUUGGCGAGUGUGAAAAAAACACAUCCGAAUCCCAAAUUCCCACACCGGGAAUUGGAGAGAAUUUUUGGAGGGCCGAAGAAAAGAAAGAUACUUCUUGACAUGAACCAAAGAUUGGGGAGCGAAAUUCAAAGACUAGAAGGAAUUUCGGAUGAAAUUUUAUGUAGGAGGGGUGAAAUAUAUUAUGAUACGUGACAGUAGCUUAGUGACAAAAUAAAAAAAAAUAAAAAAAAAUGUUAGAAAUUUUCCUCCUUUGUCUAAAUAUGUAGUUUUGCCUAAAUAAAUUCAAAUAUUCACUCACAAAUCGUUUCAGAUGAAGUGCACGCCAAGCUCGCCGAGUUCAAGGUGGAACUGGACGCGAGAAUGAGUGCGGCGAACGGCCGUACCGCCGCGACUCGCGCCCCCGACUCGAAUGGGACCGCGUCGAGUCGGCUGGCUGGCCAGUCCACCUUCACCGCCCAUCAGGUGCAAUAUUGCGGGCCAUACAAGUUGGAGAAGACGUUGGGAAAAGGGCAAACGGGUGAGUCAAUGACAAGAGAAUUUUUUGGGUAAAAUACGAAAAUUUAAUAGCAAUAAAUAUCAAAAAUUUUAUUACCGUCGGAAAAAAUUCAAUUUUCAGAGCAUGUCAUGCAUUUUGCAAAACUUCUUGUUUUCGUGGUGAGACCGAAAAAUUUUUUUUGACCUCACAGCUCUAUUAAAUUCAAAAAAAUAUUUUUAUCAUAGCUCGCGCAAUUAAAUUUAACAUCUGAUUAACACUUCUCCCACAAUUUGAUACUUUUCGUGGUGGGACCCAGAAAAAUUAUUAUUUAUUUAUUUGGGUCUCGCCGCGAAAACCAUUAGCAUUUCCUCGUAGAAACGUGGCUGAAAACCUAUUUUUAUAGCUUUAAAUUAAACCUAACAAAAAAAGUAAAACUUCCAUCCCCAAAUCGAUCACAACAACCUGCCCGCACCCCGAUUUUCCAAGUAAAUACAAUCGACCUUCCACCUUUCAAAAACAGUAGCCAUCACCGACCGGGAGACCAACGUUCAUUCAUAAAAACAUCCGCUAUUUAUAAUCGUUUUGAUUUACACCCACCAAAAAAAAGGAAACUUCCAGUAAACAACCCAUUUAUAGGCUCAAGAAACAUGCUAUAUAGGAACUUUGAGAAAUAUAAAAUAGGGCUCAUAAAUUACCCCGAGGACUGGUCUAGAAUCAUAUGGAGGUUACACAGCUGGUUGUAUUGCACUUUUUAUGUGGGGAAAUGGGUUUCGAAAAAUGAUGACUCUGACUGGAGUAUUCUCUGAAUUGGAAAGAGGAGUCAGAAAGUAAAAAAGGCUAUAUAACCUAAAAACUAAUGGGAUAAAUAUUAGGAAAAUGUAGUCGUCUCGGGACCACUGGCUCAUGUUUAUAGAAGACCAGCCAAAAAUGUCAGAUAUUUGUAAAUUUUGCUUCCUGAAGAAGGUUUUUCAUCACACAAGCUAAAAAUCCUUUUUUUGGGCAAUCUCGGCAAAUAGUAGCCCAAAAUCGUAUCGGAAAUCAGUUUUUAAAAUACGGGGUAUAUAUUUGCGCUUGUAAUACCUCUUUUUUGACAAUAAAAUCACGAAAUCAAAAAUAGUAUGCCUUGGAAGCCCAACAAGCCGGCUCAUACCCAUAAAAGCUGAAUUGUCGAUUUUUCGGGGUAAUGCGCAAACGUAGGCAAAAAACUAGGGGUAAAACACUCUUUAAAAUACACGGACUGUCCUACUGAUACCUUAAGGGUUUUAACACAACUUCUGCGCCACCGUAAUUGCCAAAAAAUCGCUAGAAAAUCAAGACUUUUGAUGAGAACGGGUCAAAAGUUGACCGACACAAAUAAAAACAAAAUAUAGAUACGGUAGCUUAAUACUCUUACUGUCGCUACACAACAAGCCCGUUUUUUCGCAAUAAAAAAUCAUCAAAAUAUAGGAUCAUAGCCUUUGGUUGCUAUAGAGGUCGUCAAUCCCUUGCACUGCCAAAAAAUUCAAUGAAAACGCUGAUCUUCCACCUUUCCCUAUUUUCUCACACUUUCCCAUCGAUUGCCGGCCUACUAAUAGCAACCUCGUGGUGACUAGCCACCGAAAAACAAACCCCAACACCAAAAGCCAAUCGCCUCUUUCUUCAGAUUCCCAAAAAGUGAUGUAACAGGAAAGCGGUGAAGUCACGACCACGCGCGGGGGAUGGGAGGCCGUAGGCACUCUCACGUUGGCUCGCGAUCAAAAGAAAGCGACGACAGGCUUCGGUAUUUCAUCGAGUUUUUCGCGGAUCAGCGAUUGCGAAAUUCGGCGAUGAUUUAUCGGAGCGAAUUCGGGGCGGUCAACUGGUAUUAUUAGGCAUGGUACAACAAACGGUCUGUGAGGAAAAAGUUUUGGGAUGAUGACAUAUGCUGGAGGUUCGGUAGUAAGCAGUUAUAGAACGCUAUAUUUAAAAAAGAAAUCUCUGGUUGUAAUGCGGUUCAAUCAAUAAGUUAAGUUCAGGCAAACGAACUGAACCAGAACAAAUUCAGUAGCAAAAAAAAAGAAUGAUUUUACCACCAAUAGAGAGCUGCUAAUCUGCUGAGUCCAAAUAUCCAAAGACUAGGAGACCUUCAUUUCACAACUUUUUAGAUAUAGGCCUCGAAAUAUGACACUAUCCCAAAAGAACCCAACCUAUCUGCAGCGGGAGAUCUGAUCCAGCGGCAAAAAACGUACCAUUUUGCAUCCGGGGAGUAUCUAAAAUGUGACAGAAUGCUUCCAUCUCCAAGUGAAAAAAUUCCGAUUUCAAAAGCGCACCCGCUCUUUUUGUAAGGGAAAGCCCUUCAAAACGAAGUUUUUUUACUUGGAGAGGGAGAUAUUUUGCCAUAUUUUUGAUACUUCCCGGAUGCCAAAAUAAUACGUUUUUUUACCACUUGAUCAGGUCCCCCAUUGUAACCUGCCAUCCCACGAAUUGCUUUUUAAAAAUCAAGCUCCCUGUGAACCCAAAAAUUCGGUCACACCGAUUGAACGGAAGUUUUGAUUUCCCACGUCCGUUACAUUAAAGAAACCCAAGGCAGCCUUGACUAUUUUCAAAUACGUCUUCUCCAAUAAUAGAACGCAUAAAUCUUUAAAAGACGCAUUUCUCAGCGACCCCCAACGAACAUUACAGCGAAUAGUUAAGCGAAAUGUUGAUUCGAAGAAAUUAAAUUUUCGGCGCUCUUUUUUGAUGAAAUUUCGGGUUGAUUAAGGAUUUUUAUUGAUAAAGGAACAAUGAGUCAGUCAGAUCAGAGUUACAAAAUUUUGAAAGCGUUGAUUUGGAGUUGUAAAAGUUAGAAGCGGCCGUUGGGCUUUUUUCAGACACCAAACUGUUCCUGCUAUAGAUUUGCAAAAGAUGUACCUAAGAGUCAUGGUUUGUGGCGGUAUUUUGGCAGUUUUUUUGCCAAAAAAUAUCUCCAACGCGCGCGGUCUACAAAAUCCAACAUUAAAAAGUGGUUAGACUACAGCCCACAUUUCUGGUACGAAUUUUUCGGUAAAUAUAAGCACCGCACUUCUAGCUAUGUAUUUCUCACAAAUUCCUCCAGCUAAAAUGCUCCACAGGGCUCCAAAACUCAAAAAAUCCCACCCCAAAGAAGCGAGUUAUCACCACAACUUCGCAUUCAACGUACUUCUAACCACUUUGCUGCCUGCGAAAGUUUAAAUACAGCCCGCAUCAUAAUGAUGCUAGCGUCGACCAUUAAAAGUUUUUUUUUCGUCGAUUGGUCGCCGCGCUUUCGUCUUUGCUGUAAUUUCCGUUCAAUGUGUUUUUUUUUCGUUUCGUCGAUGGAAUGACCCCACACAUUUCAACGCCGGAUUCUCUUCGAAAAUCUUGGGAAUCCAUCAAGUGCGGUUGAGAGAAAAGGGUUAUUUUUACAUCAACUUGAUGGGGAAUGUAAUGCGUAGGGACGGGGGGAGAUGAGUAAUAGAAGUUGAGAGAGAAGAGGGUGGAACAGAGGGCGAUGUAAAAACGGAAAUGGAAAAUUAAGAGAAUGUGUUCGAAAAAAUAGAAAAUAUCUUGACCAUGAUAGAAGAUAGAUGCCUAGCUUUUCUGAGAAUAAUCUACUGGUUAUCUGAGGUAUCUACGAAAAGUUUUGAAGGGGCAUCAAUGGUAUCCUUUACCUUCAGAGCCAUUUUCCACGAUUUAAUCAAAAAAAUGGUAUUUUUCUUCAUAACAAAUGUUACAAUGGAACUUUUCAGUAGCAACAAACCACAAUCAAGCUUUCCAAAAAUUUCUCCUCCCCCAAUAUCCCUCUGACUCUGAAGAAAUUGCAUUUUCCGACCGCUAGUUGCAUCAUGCUUGACACAAAAUUGCGUCACAAGUUUAGCGAGCUCAGAAUCCGCUUACUCGCUGUAAUUAAUCGUACCGGACUUAUGGUUGUUUUUAUCUAACCUUUGUCCUUUUUUUGGAACGGAAACUCAUGGCUUCCGGUGUUAAAAAUAGAUCAUGUUUACCGGAAUUUGUCAAAUUACUUGAUUUGUGAAGGGGAUACGUGAAGGUUUUGAGUAGACAGUGGAAAAUGACUUUUAAAGGAGAGUGAGACAAAUCAAAACGGAGCAAAAUGGAAAGCUUGGGUUCAAAAUUCAGAUUGGUUUUAAAAAAAUAAGUAAAACAAAAGAAUUUUCAUUGAAUUUUCAGCAUCUCCCCAGCAAAACGAGUAAUAUCUAAUAAAUAAACAAAAAUUUUUUCCUAUCGCAAUUUUAAUUUUAUAAAACCACGAAAAUGCCCAUACACAGAGAUUGAAUUCCAGGUUAAAAGUACAUAAAAAGGAGCUGAUCUUCAGGUCACAUGAAGAUGUCAUGCGCGAUAACUCCAAGGUUAAUAGAGAUUAUUAAUGAUCUUACAAUGGCGGACUAAUUAGCGAGCAUGUGAUUUCCAAAAUGAAUUCUCGGGAAUUUGGAGUGAAAAAAAUGAAAAAUUAGAAACGGAGAAAGAGAAAAAAUAAAGGCGAAUUAAAGUUAUUGUAAAAUACGAACAAGAAUUAAAAUUGACAUAAAUUUUUCAGGUCUGGUCAAAUCGGGAGUGCAUUGUAUUACCGGUCGAAAAGUGGCGGUGAAAAUCGUCAACAAGGAGAAACUCAACGAAUCCGUUCUUCAGAAGGUAAGAAAGCUUUGAGCGAACGGCAAAGAUUUUUUUUGUAAAAUACGGGAAAAUGGGUUUUUCACUAGUAAAAUUUCAAAGUAUUUUUGUCAUCAAAAAAGGGUUUUUUGAAAAUAAAAUUUUGAAAUUUUCUACACAUAAAAAAAUUUUGAAGUAAAAAAAAUGUAAAAUACGCCGUGGUUUAUUCUAAUGCAUAAAGUAAAAAAUUUUGUCGUAUGAAUCCAAUUUUUUACAAAAAAAAAUUAAAUUAAUUUUGAUUUUUUUCUCGAUUUUCGACUAUAGCAAAAACCUUCGGUAAAUUUUUAUACUACCUAUAAAUAAUUUUCAUAUCAAAAAAAAAAUUUUUUUGACUUGAAAUAAAAUUCCGACCAAAAAAUCCUUUUUAUACCAAACUAUCUGACGUGUUCUUACCAAAGAACAUGCGUUGUUUGAUGUUCACUCCGCAUUUCAUCCAAUCCCCGGCCUCCAAACUUACUCUACGUCUGUCUUCUUGUAGGUGGAGCGCGAGAUUGCGAUCAUGAAGCUCAUCGAACAUCCGUAUGUUCUCCAUCUCUAUGAUGUCUACGAAAACAAGAAAUAUUUGUAAGAAAUUACCGUAUCUUAAUUUCCAAAGUGUUGUCAUCUGUUGUGCUGUGAGUGUAGUAAGUUUUUGGUAUUGUAAUAUACAGUAAGCUAAAGAAUGAAUGGAUACUUUUAGAUAUCUAUUACUCGAGCACGUCUCCGGUGGCGAACUAUUCGAUUAUUUGGUGAGAAAAGGACGGUUAACGUCGAAGGAAGCCCGAAAAUUCUUUCGACAAAUCAUCUCCGCUCUUGAUUUUUGCCAUGCCCAUAAUAUUUGGUGAGUCCAAAGCUUGUAAAACACACUGUUUUAUUAAAAAGGAUCUAAAAGGAUAAAAUAAAAUUCUUUUUUAGUCAUCGAGACUUGAAACCGGAGAAUCUCCUUCUGGACGAACGAAACAACAUCAAAGUGGCUGAUUUUGGAAUGGCCUCGCUUCAAGUGGAAGGAUCAAUGCUGGAGACCAGUUGCGGCUCCCCGCAUUAUGCUUGUCCCGAGGUUAUACGGGUAGGUACAGAAAAAAAUCAAAUUUGUAGAGGGCACCAUGACCUUGAUUUUUUAUUUUGAUGACCUAGUAAAAGCAGGGCUGAUAUUAAUUAGUAAAAUUUUUUUUGUUUUCUUUGCCGGUAGCAGAUUCUGAUUAUGAAAUUUUUACUCGUAAGAUGAUGAUUUUUAUGACCUAAAAGUCGGUAAAUUUAGCAGAUCACAAGUGAUAAAUCUUGCAUGGGACUUAGAAAAUUUCAGUGUAAAUUUGUGGCAAAUUUUGUAAAAAAAAUUAUUUCGGGUUUCGUUGACUGAUUUCUUCAAAAAAUUAAAGAUUUUACUUAAUUGUUCUAUACUAAAAACCCCUUUAUUCACGUUUUACCUCAAAUCUCAUCCUUUUUCAGGGUGAAAAAUACGACGGUCGAAAGGCGGACGUUUGGUCCUGCGGAGUCAUCCUCUACGCCCUUCUUGUUGGCGCCCUUCCCUUUGACGACGACAAUCUUCGAAAUCUGUUGGAGAAAGUGAAGAAAGGAGUCUUUCAUAUCCCCCAGUUUGUCCCACCUGACUGUCAGAGUUUGUUGCGAGGGAUGAUUGAAGUGGAUCCACAGCGAAGGAUGAGUUUGGCCGAGGUUUUCCGGCAUCCUUGGGUCAUUGGAAGCACAAAAUCCGAGCCAGAACUGGAGUUGCCAAUGGCUCAAGUGGUUCAGACGCAUGUUAUCCCCAGUGAAGAUCACAUCGAUCCGGACGUUUUUAGGUAAGGAAGAAGAAAUGACGUUUUCGUGGCGGGACCCAAAAAAAUUUUUUUUUCGAAAUUUCCAUACGUAAAAGUUGAGAAUUUCCAAAAAUUUCGUGAUAUUCUGUAUAAAAAUUAGCCAAUAUGUCAUCCCAGAAUUGUCAAAAAAAAAUUUUUUUGGACAUAAGCAACAUAAUAAAACACAUUUACACCUACUUUUAGGCAUAUGCACAAUCUCGGUUGCUUCAAAGACAAGGAAAAACUCGUCACGGAACUUCUCUCUGGAAAACACAACACCGAAAAGAUGGUCUACUAUCUUUUGCUCGACCGAAAACGACGAAGGCCAGCGCAAGAAGAUGAAACAGAAGUUGUGUUGCGAGACUCGAAUCGAUCAGUGGAUCCACCAAGGAAACGGACCGACACUUCAAGGCCCAGAUGUCCGACUGGCGGAAUCAGCGAAGGCUCUCCGAUAAAUCCAAGGAAAACUUAUGGGUAAGUUGGUAAAAUACGCUCGUUUCCAAAUGCCAGAAAAGGGAAGACAAAUUAUUUUUUGUAAUUUGAAUAACGUCAAGUAUAAUGUAACUCAAAAAAAGUUACAUUAUGCUGGGGGAUCUGGCAUAUAAACUUUCAAAAGGCAAAAAAUCAAUUUCUGAAAGUUCUAAUUGGCAUAUUUUGCCCUUUUCUUAUUUUUGCGAAAGAGCGCAUAAAAUGAGGAGAGUCGCACAGACAAAAACACUUCUGUGGUCAAAAUUCUUUGCCUUACAUUGAAAAAAUUAUUUUGUGGAAAUGUUCUGCACCUUGCCCUGGGCGGUCAAUGAAUUUUUGAAGGAAGAAAUUAUAAAAAUUUUUUUUAAUUUGGCCAUUUUUGUACUAAAAAUUUCUGCCAGUGGCACGUUUAAAGUUCUUCUUUUGCCUUGGCGAAACUUCGUUUUAAGCUAUGCCAAAUUUUACAAAAAUUUUAUUAUAAUUCCUCUCCAUGUUUAAUCCCAAAAUUUUCAGCCGCCACGGUCGCCAACGUCACAGUUCAUUAACGGGUUCCCCCACCAGCACUCCCAAAAUGGGUCGCUCUUUCUACGGUGCCAACGCCUCCAAUCUUAUCGCCACAGCACGACAGGCCAACUCCACGACAAUCUCCGCGGUUGCAUCGCCUUCAAAUUCCACGACAUCAGCGUCUUCAAUGAUAAACUCGGUUUUAUAUCCACAAACACCCUCUUCCAACAAUGGAGCUGCUACUGACAGGAGUAAUGGCGCCACAAGAGCACCACAAAACUUCCAUUAUUAUACGCAACCCGUGGAUCCGGCGGUUCUGCAAGCAGCAUCGCCUGGGAAUAGGUCGAGGCGAAAGGAUUCGGUGCAAAGUCAGCAAGGUAGGCAGAUAAAGCGAUUUUGUUUUAUUUUUUGCAUAAUGAAAAAAAAAAAUUUUUUGGUGCCCAUUUUUUGCAAAAUUAAAAAUUUUUUUUAGUGCCCAGUGUUUGCAAAAUUAGAAAAAAGAUUUUGGUGCCCAUUUCUUGCAAAAUUAAAAAAAAAAAAAUUUUUGUGCUGCCCAUUUUUUGCAAAAUUAAAUUUUUUUUUCCCUCACAGUUCCAGGAAAUAGCCCAUUUUUACUUCAACUUUCAUUCCAGGCCAAGUCAACGCCGCUGUGGCCUCCCAAACCCCCGCCUCGUCCUCCCGCACCUCCCUUAUCCCCCAAACCCCCGAAUCGCAGAUUCCAUACGUCACGAAUCCCAACUCCAACGCUUCGUCAUCGAAUUCCCUGGCGUCGGGUGGUGGGUCGGCAACGAAUAUCACUUCAAUCCCCUGGAGAUCCAAGCUGAAUACAAUCAAGAAUUCCUUCCUUGGGACUCCGAGAUUCCAUCGACGAAAAAUGAGUUCGGGCUCGGGUAAUGGCAGCGGAAUGGAGAGCGAUUCGGAGGACGUGAACUUUGUCGAAACUAAUGAGUAAGUAGUGCCGUAAAUUCAUCAUUACUUGAGUACUUUUCAGUCUGGUCAAGAAAUCUUGGUUUGGCUCGUUGACUUCGAACGUCGGCAAUGAUCGAGAGGAUGUUCAAUGUGUGCCAGUGGAAGGGAAGACACUGAAUGCGAUAAAAGCGGAACUCAUUCGGGCGUUCUUGACGGUAAGUUGCGCAUUUAAUUGGGGGAAAAGAAUUUUUCGAAAAAACAGGGGUUUCCGUUGGCGGGGAGAAUAGAAAUAGAGGGUAAAAUACGACAUCUCGGGAUAUCUCUCGAGGUUUGUUGGAAAAGUGUAAUCUUCUAUUCUUUUGCAACUAGUCCGUUUUCUAGGCCUUUGCAACUAGUCCGUUCGCAAGUUUUCUGGAGUGAUUUCUAUGCGAAAAUAACUUUGCUUUGUACUGCAAUUUAUUCUUUUUACACCAUGCAAUAGGCUUUUUCUGGCUGUCGCUCACACCCCGAUUUUUUCUGCAUAGUGAAAACAACACAAAAUACUAACCAAUUCGUGCCAAUUCACACAAAAAAAUUCGGUGGUUUCUGCAAAAUGCAUACAAAAAAUCUCGCAUAUUUUUAGCAUGAAUGUAGCCUUAAAUUAAGCCAAAUUUUAUCAAAAUCGAAGGGUCAAAAGAUAGUCCAAAUUUAUGACAUAGUCUAUUGAAGAAAUACUUUUCAUCACUUCAUCAAAAAAACAUACUCCAAAUUCUCUUUGCAGAUCCACGAGCUCAGUCAUCACGUGGUGGGUCAAAACUCCUUCAAAGUGGAGUACCGCCGCGGCAGCACAAUGGGAUUCUCUCGCGGCAUCAAACUGCAUGUUGACAUCAUUGCCACCGACCAGUCCGACUCCUCCAGUCCCUUCUUCUUCGUCCAGUUCACGCUGACCGCCGGCCCAGUCCGCCGAUUCCGCCGACUGGUCGAUCAUUUGGCCGUCAUCCUGCAGACCCCGGGACAACAACCACGGUUCGUGUAGAGAUGGAUUUGUACCUUAGUUUCCAAGUGUCAUAACAUUCCUUUUUCGUUGUAAUUCUUUCGUUCAUAACCAAUGUGUUGUAAGUCGUCGAAGACACAUGCCUUAUAAGUAGAGGUCCUUCACUUAUUUUUUUCUUUUUUUGACAUGGUACAUGGUUUACUAGUUUCUGUACACAUUGAUUUUUUCCUUUAUUUUGCACGGAUGGCUGUUGGGAGCACUUUAAAAAAGUUUAUUUUGGCCGCACUAUGCGAAAUCUGCAGCUCUCUGCACAGUGCAGGACUUUGUUUUUACUGCACAGUGCGAAAUUAUCUUUUGACUGCACACUUUUCCAUGUUUUACAAUGGCCAUCCACACUUUUAUUUUUUCAUUAUUCAUCUUGUUUUCCGGUUAUUUAUCUGAUUUUCAAUGGUUUUUUCAUAAUAAAUUUACUGGUUUUUAUUUCGUUUUUAACACUCGUGGUUGUAAUAAUAAUAUUCAUAAACAUGGAGAGUUUUGAUAUUUCUAACUGAUUCUAUGAGUGAAAACGGAGUCUAAGUGUCUCGUAUUUUAGCCCAGGGACGAAUUCGCAGAACGCGACAAACAUGGUGAGGCCGAGGAAGUUGUCGGAUGCGUCAGUUAGUUCGAUGGGCAAUGAAAGCGAUGUGGAGUCGGGGAAUAACCGGCAUAAUAGCAAGGUAGGAGGAGGCGCAAUUUUGUAUCUUACAUUUUAAAAUCUUUAGAUUUUAUUGUAAUACUUUUGCUAAUGGUUCAAAAUUUAUUUUGUCAAGUAAUCUUACCGGUUUUUUCAAUACAGAUUGACAGUUAUGACGUAUUUUACUGCGAUUUCAAAUUUCAAUAUCUCUAAUUAUAGGCUUCAACCGUUUCCACAAGCUACGUGGCAGCCCUGAAGGCCGCUCAGAAUCGACAGUCUCAAGCCAGGCCGCAUCGGGGUUCGGUUGGAAAUGAAGUGGAUCAUAGGAAAAGUAGGCACCUUGUAUACUUUUAUGAUGAUCUAUUGGCUAUGAAAAAGGUCGUUUAUUUAUUACCAUUUUGUAUUUAGCAUCAGUAAACGUCCCCCUAAACAACAAUCGACACAAUGACCAAACGGAUCGGAGGAAUACGAGUGUAUCAGUCUUGGAUACUUUUGGGAUCCCAAAUCCCCAACCUGUGAUCCCAAAGAAAAGAUCCGUGGAAGUCCAGAAUCCGGAGGCACUGAUUUUUACUAACCCAUUGUAAGUUUUGAGCUAUAAUUUCAAAGUCUUACACUGUGUCUGAUUUUUUUAGAGUAAAGAAUUUUUUUCAAAUGAGUUUUUAUUUUUUUGUAGUAAAUAAUAGCCCGGUUCCAAAAUCGCUGAAGUUAUUUUUCACAGUACAGAGGAAGUCAGGGCGUCAGCGACAGUCCAAAAAAUCAUAUUUCACGGUGCAAAAAGCAAGAAAUUGCACAGUUCAAAAUGAAUUUUUGUUUGCGAAUUUUGGAGGCUUCAUUGCAAUACUUACUUAUGAUUUACUCAUCACGAUUAAAAUUUUCAGACAUCAACCUCCAACGCCAUCGAGUGCAUCAGCCUCAUCCAAUCCCCCUCGUUUCCCAACGAGUUCCUCAAGACAAAGUGGGACAAGCCCCCUUGACGAGCCCAUGGCCGAGUCUCCGACAACAGUCAUCUGA